AUGGCACUCACUGAUGACUAUGAGCCGGUCAGGGCUUCUCUUCUUCAUCAGAAUCCCUUGCCUAGUCUUGAAGAUGCUCUUCCUCGUCUAAAGUUUGAAGAAACGCGCUUGGGAUUGCUUCAUUCUAAAAGUGAAACUGUCUUUGCUGCUACCGAUAGAAAGGAAAAAAUCUAUCGAAACUGUAACCGGCCUGGGCAUUCCUUCUCCGACUGUCCUUCUAUUGAAUGUCGUAAUUCUAAAUGGUAUUUUGAUUCUGGUUGUUUCAAUCACAUGUCUCCUUUGCAUCAUCUUUUUCCGUCAUUGUCUCCCAUUCCAAAUGCACCUUAUGUCAACACUGCUAAUGGUUCCCUCUUGCAUGCAACACAUCACGGGAUUAUUUCACAGUCCAAUAUUCAUCUUUCUGAUGCUUAUUUUAUUCCAAAAUUGAAUUUUAAUCUUAUCUCUGUCGGUCAACUUGUUGAACUCAGUUUUGAUGUCACUUUUUCUAUAUCUGGUUGUCGUGUGCAGGAUCGUCAGAUGGGAAAGAUCAUCGGGACUGGCUGUAAGGUCAGACGCUUAUUUGAGCUCGAGAACCUUCAUGUUCCCUCUACAAAUCUCUGUGCUGCUUCCUCUCCAUCUACUCUUCACUUGUGGCACCGUCGUCUUGCCCAUAACUCCUUAGGAAAAUUACGUCCUCUUAUAUCUACGGGUGUUUCUUGUCGCACUGCAAAAUAA